AUGCAGUCCACCUACCGCACCUCUCCCCACGCCUGCUAUUCCAUCGCCUGGUCUCCCUUCCACCCCCACCGACUCGCCGUUGCCGGAGCAGCAAACUUCGGUCUGGUCGGGAACGGCCGUUUGCUCACCCUCUCUCCACAAGGAAUCGACCAGGCAUUCUCGACCCAGGAUGGGCUAUAUGACGUGGCUUGGAAUGAGCUGCAUGAGAACCAGGUAGUGGGAGGCAGUGGGGACGGGUCGAUAAAGCUAUGGGAUCUGACUGUUCCUGACUACCCCAUUCGGAACUGGCACGAGCAUGGACGUGAAGUCUUUUCUGUCGACUGGUCUAACCUCCAGAAAGACCUGUUCUGUUCUUCAUCAUGGGACGGGAGCAUCAAACUCUUCACUCCUGACCGACCCGCCAGUCUCCUCACCAUUCCCGCCGCGCAAACAUGUACGUAUGCGGCACUCUGGAGCCCGCACCAGCCAGGGGUGGUCGCUUCCUGCGCCAGCUCGGGGUUGUUAACCCUCUUCGACCUGCGGGUGCCUAAUCUCCCUUCGAGCACUGCACCCACACCUGGUCCUACUGCUCCUGCUACGCCUGCACUAGCUGUUCCCGCCUCGCCAGGGGAACUGCUCACGCUCGACUGGAACAAGUACAUGCCGCAUGUGAUUGCUACUUCUGGGGUGGACAAGAACAUCAGGAUAUGGGAUACGCGCAUGGUCGGGCAAGGAGGGAGUGUCGGAGGUGUUUGUACGGGGAGUCUCGCUGGGCAUCAGUAUGCGAUCAGGAAAAUACAAUGGAGCUCGCAUAGGGCGGAUGUGAUCUCCAGUGCGGGCUAUGAUAUGACGUGCCGAAUAUGGACAACCCAACCAUCCUCCCCUGGUUCCUCGAGCCAGCUGUACGUGCACAACGCGCACACAGAGUUCGUAGUUGGCUGUGCAUGGUCUUUCUUCGAUGAGGACGUACUCGCCACCUGCAGUUGGGAUCAAUCUGUGCACAUUUUCCGCCCACCGUUCCCGCCACCACGGCGGUAGCACUGCGGGAGAACUGUGUGAUCCUUGCCCUAGUCAUGAGCUAAAUGAAUUAUAAUGUACAACAUGUGAUAU